CAAUGGAAAGGACCGACAACGCCGACGCUUGACAGGAAUUUUUGUCAGCUCCGACCAGCUCCGAUGCGCGGUUGGCUGCAGUUUUCCCUCGUUAUGGUGGUUAUUAUUUGUAAUCACAUUUUUUGGUGGGGUAACUCUAAUAUCUAGGUAUAUGAUACUCGCGCGAUUAUUCCUUAAUAUGACACGAUUCUAGACUUCCAAGGUUAAGGUUCUUUUCCUUACUUCCUUCCCAUGACCAACACUUCAUGGGCAUGUACGACCUAUUUUAUCACCAUUUAGGCAAUUACAUACGUAGCAAGGGGAUUUGUCGUUGGUAUAACCUGCAUAAUAUAGGAAUGCAUUUACCGUCUUAUCAUAGCUUAGUACUUCGCACGUCACUCAUGAAUAUAGUCCUCUUUAGACCCAGACGAUAUCAAGAAACGUAUACUUUAGUAUUUUCAACUCAUUAGGAAACCCACCUGAAUAUUUAGAAAUCAGUCUGAGCUUUUCAAUUUAAAUACCACUCCUCUCCCUAUAGAAACUCCGAAGAGUGUGCUACAUAUGUAACACAGACAAUAAUUUAGUGAACAAUGGCUCCAAUUAUUGCCCGUCUUGUAUCUGAAAGCAAACCAUACGUUGUUCCAGGGAAGCUCCUUGUAAAAGAGCUCUGGUUCGAGGUUCCACUCGACCAUUCCGAGCCCAAAUCGAAACCUAUCAAACUCUUCGCAAGAAGUGCUGUUAAAUAUGAGCGACCUAUUGUCGAAUCCUCCGAGGUCGUACAAAGACCCUACCUUCUGUUCCUCCAGGGAGGUCCUGGUGGGGGCUGUCCAGCGCCCCAGGACUCCCCCUUGUCAGGACAGAUGCUUGAAAGGGGUUACGAACUACUCCUCCUAGACCAGCGAGGUACAGGACUCAGUAGUACCGUCUCUGCUAACACAUUGGAACUUAUCGGCGGUCCAAAGGAACAAGCCGAGUACCUCAAAUUAUUCAGGGCCGACACUAUCGUAAAAGAUAGCGAAGCUGUUCGGCUCUGUCUAACCAAGGACUACCCGCCCGACAAGAAGAAAUGGUCUAUCUUUGGCCAGUCAUUUGGUGGUAUGACAUCUUUGACUUACCUAUCUUUUGCACCGGAAGGUCUUCGUGAAUCGUUCAUCACCGGAGGUUUAUCUGCCUUGGACAAAGGUCCCGAGGACAUCUAUCGAGCUACUUUUCAAAGAUGCAUAGAGCGAAAUGACGCCUACUAUAGGAAAUUUCCAGGCGAUAUCGCGACAGUCAAGUGGCUCGCAGAGAAAAUCAUCGAGCUCGGCGGCGAAAAAGGUAUCCCACUACCCGCUGGUGGUUUCUUGACAGUUCCGCGGUUCCUUACCGUCGGUCUAAAUUUCGGCGCUCACGGUGGCGUUGACCGAGUUCAUAGCUACAUUGUCAGAAUGAAGGCAGAUUUAGACAUAUUUGGCACCUUCAGUCGUUACACCUUGCACGAGCUGGAGCAAGACAACCAGUGGGACACAGCCCCGAUAUAUACAUUGCUACACGAACCUUGUUGGUGUCCUGGCCCAGGCAUAGCUGGAAAAUGGGCAGCCGAACGGGUUGGUGCUAGCUUAAACGAAUAUGAAUGGCUUCGAAAAGAUUGGGCUGGUCCCACAAGCCUAGGCGACAAACCCCUAUACUUCUCUGGCGAAAUGAUUUACCCCUUCCAUUUCGAGACAUGUUCUGAACUCAUCAAACUCAAAGAAACGGCUGAUAUCCUCGCCCGUUUCGAUCAAUGGCCAUCUUUGUAUGACAUGGAGCAGCUGUCAAAGAACGAAGUUCCAGUUUACGCAGCAGCUUACAAUGACAUGUACGUCGAUCCAGCUCUAGCGCGGAUCACAGCUUCAAGGGUGAAGGGCAUCAAGGUAUUCGAGACUAACGUCCUAUACCACAAUGCUUUACGUGCUCGGUCGGACGAGGUGAUACCACAGUUGCUGAAACUACGCGACGACAGUAUUGACUAAGGCGAUUGGUGUCUAACUCAUGUUUAUCGUAGAUAGGAAGUUAGCCUUCUAAUUAGCCUAGGUAGAGAACAGAAAUAAAUCAUCGCAUGUC